UGUCUCUAUCUCUUUCUUACUCUCUCUCUCUCUCUCUCUCGCUCUCUCUCUCUCUACCUUCCUAUCCGGUGUCUUUCUACUUACUUACUUUCGUCAGUCUCACUCAGUCGGCCAUCGGACUUUAACUACAUUCGCAUCUUCUCUCGGUGAUAAAACGAGUUCAAAGUAUAUCAAAUUUCGAUCGUUAUUAGUAGUAAUUUAAUUGAUCGUUGAAUUUUGUUUUAAUCGACGAAGAAAAAAAAAGUUUUCAUUGAUUCGUAAAAAAGGAAAAAUAGAAACAUAAGGAAAAGAAAGGAAGGAAGGAAGAUAUAUAUAUAAAAAAAAAAUAUAUAUAUAUAUAUAUAUAUAUAUAUAAAUUCGAUAAAUAAUGUUUAUCGUGAAUGAUUAAUAUGAGGAUUAUUAAGAAGAGAUCGAUCGUAAAGAUUACGUUAGAUCGAAAAGAUAUGAGUGAUCAUCAAUACGAAGAAGGAAGAGGAUCGUCGAUAAAUAAUAAUCGUCGUUUAAUAUUUUUGAGAUAUUACUUCGAGGAAUCGAGUUAAAAUACUCUUAGGAAGUUAAGAUAGAAACGUUCAACAGGGUCAAGGAAUAUAUUUCUUUUCGAAGGAGAGAGAGAGAGAGAGAGAGAGAGAGAGAGAGAAGGAGAAGGAAAGAGAUAGGAAGAUAUAGAAAGAGUGGAAGAGAGAGAGAAAGAGAGAUAGACAGAGAAAGAAGGAGAAGAUAACAUCAUCAUCGAGAUAAAUUGUGAGCUCUUAGAUAACCCGAAACUAAUUAACAGAUUCAUCUUAAGAAUCCCAGAAGUGGAUUAUUUAUGAUUAUAUAUCAAAAGAUUUAAUGGAAGAGAGAAAUAUAUAUAUAUAUAUAUAUUUAUAUUUAUAUUUAUAUAUAUAUAUAUAUAUAUAUGUAUUAUCGUAAAUAAAUUUUCUUUCAUUACUUUAACUCGAUUAAUAACAAUCGAUAAUAUACAUCGUUAUCAUCUGAUAUAAGAUUAUUCAUAUCUCGAUCCCAGUUACUUCCUCCGAACUAUUGCCGUCUGACUUAUUAAAAACAAAAACAAAAAGAAAAAAAAAAAGAAAAAAAAAACAAAAAAGAAAAAGAAGAAGAGAAAAAAAGAAAAUUGAUUUUCAAUUUCUACGAAACGAACGAUCGAUCGAUCGAUCGAUAGAUCGAUAAUAUUUUUUUUAUCGAUACUGUGAAUUUUAGUGCACGAGAUAAUAAGAUGGAAGGUCAUAAUAUUAAUGGUCUGUCCGCUACCACGUUGGAAGUUAAACCUGGAACUUCUGGUAUUGAAAAUUGCAACAAUACAUUGGACGACGCCGUAGGAAAAUUAUUGCAAGGUUACGACUGGACGUUACUUCCAGUUACUUCCCGUGCCGGGAGUCGUAGGAGCGCACACGUGAAACGACCGAUGAACGCUUUUAUGGUUUGGGCACAGGCAGCAAGACGAAGAUUGGCCGAUCAGUAUCCUCAAUUGCAUAAUGCCGAAUUAUCGAAAACUUUGGGAAAAUUAUGGAGAAUUUUAAGCGACGGCGAGAAGCAACCAUUCAUCGAGGAAGCCGAGAGACUUAGGAACGCUCAUAAAAAGCAACACCCACAUUACAAGUAUCAGCCACGACGUAGAAAACCAAAAUCGGACGAGCAAUUGAUCAAUCCGAUUAAUCGUGGUUUAUCAUCGGUCGUUACGCCAUUGGAAACUAACGUUCCAAUUACGACGGAUUGUAAUUACGCACGUUUAUACACAGAGAACGAAAAUAUUAAGAUUUACGAUAGACCGACAACUACAACGUAUCAGGAUACAAAAACAACGUACGAUUUGUCGAGAGGAUCUUGGAGCAUAAACGAAACGAUUAAAUAUCCUAUGGAUCAUCAUUUGCAUCAUCAUCAUUUGCAUCACCAUAAUAAUAAUAAUAAUAAUAGUAAUAAUAAUAAUAAUAAUAAUAGUAAUAAUAGUAAUAAUAGUAAUAGUAAUAGUAAUAGUAAUAGUAAUAGUAAUAGUAAUAGCAAUAGUAAUAGCAACAGUAGUAAUAAUAAUAAUAAUACAAGCAAAAGUUAUGAUUCCACGAGCAAAUAUGACGUUAACAUGAAAAAUUAUAAUGACGUUAAGUGUCACGAUACCAUCAAGUAUCAUCAUAAUCAUAAUAAUCAUCAUCAUCAUCAUCAUCAUCAUCAUCAUCAAAUUCCUUCUACGAACAAAUCUCACGAGAUUCUAACCAUCGGUAAAUAUCACAAUGAAACGAUCUCGAAAUAUUCCGAAUCACCGGAUGGAAAGUCUUACGAGAUACCGAAGUAUAAUGAUGUCAAAGGUUACAAUGAAAGUUUUAAAUAUCCGAACGACAUUAUGACUGCAAAUGGCAAAUCUUAUGCUUGUAUACACGGACAAUAUUAUCCGAAUAUAACCGAAGCGUAUAACGUGCAAGAGGAAAAUGAUUAUCAAGCACAAACCAUGACACCCCAUACAUUUUAUCCGUAUAUAUCGGCGACCAUGUCUCAGGCACCUUAUUACAUGGGUCCACGAUAAAUAUAUAUAUAUAUAUCUCACUCUCUCUCUCUCUCUCUCUUUCUUAGGAGCAAUUCGAUUUUUUUUUCUUUUUUAUUUUUUUUCUAUUCGAAAUUGUGCUAAACAAAAACAACGUUUCGUUCCGAAAAUUUCGUCGCGUAUGAUAACGAUAUAUACAUAAUAAAUAAAUAAAUAAAAAGAGAAGAAAAAA